AGUCUGGGUGGGGCAGCAGGUGUGUUCUACACUGAGUCACCGCCAGUAGCGACACAUAGCUUAAGGUCUGUCUAGUCUCACUUUGAGCCGCACUUGUGAGAACAGAUCUGUGUUUUUUUUUUCUCUCAUUUUUCCUGUGGAGAUCGAGACUCAGCCCUCAGCUCAUCUAUCAUCUGUCAACGUCCGCUGGUUUUCGAUUCACAGCUCGUGCGUAAUUUUUUGGAGUCGAGCGUCGUCUUUUUACGCACAGACAAAGUUCACCAAAAGUCAUGAAUAUGGCCUGGGUUUUAAUUUUCAACAUUUGUCUUUUAUUGAUCGUGUCUCGAGUGGACUCUUGUUCGAUCCCACAGUCUCUGUACGUUUCUGUCCCGAAACAAAUUCCGGUUGGAAGCACAAUCGCAAUAGUUCCACUUGCCAACUGUGACCUGCACUUAUCUGUUUCCGACCCGAACUUCGCAAUAGCAGCCAAUGGAGAACUAGUGUCCGUCAGACCGGUGUCAGUCCCAUCCACUAGGACACUUUAUGUAGGGGCCUAUGGGAAACCUGGAUGGGAGGGGGACAUGGAAGUCCACCUUCUCCCCAUUUCUGCUCAUAAAAAGGGAUCAAACCAAGGCCUCCUGAAACGCACCAAAAGACGCUGGAGCCCCCCACCAUUCAACAUACUAGAGAAUGCUAAAGGACUUUUUCCACAAGACAUUGAAGUGAUUGUGUCAGAUUCCGCAGCAAAGUAUGAUGUGUACUACACCCUCAGUGGACCUGGUUACAAUGAGCAUCCGGUGGGAGUGUUCAGUCUGGACUCUGAGAGUGGGAUGUUGAAAGUGAACAAGCCUGUCGACCGUGAAGAAUUUCCAAAGUUUGUAAUGACAGUCAGAGUAUACGACAAAAGAACAAACCUGGAGACAGAUUUACCUCUGCCUAUCACAGUGUCUGUAGAUGAUAUGAAUGACAAUGCACCCACAUUCCAAGGCUCGCUGCAGUUCACUGUUCCAGAGCAGAGCAAAGCAGGGACUAAGGUCGGCCAGGUGAGCGCUACAGACAGAGACCAACCAAAAACCUCCCAUGUGAAGAUCAGGUAUUCUCUUUUGACUGGAUCAGACCUGUUUGCCAUCGACCCGGCCACAGGUGUUAUCACCACGGUAACCAACACCCUGGACAGAGAGGUCAAAGACAAACACAUGGUGACGGUACAAAUCACAGAUCUGGACGGUGCGCCCGGUGGACUUUUUAAUACAGGCACCGCAACUAUUACACUGAGUGAUAUCAACGACAACCCGCCAACUUUCACCAAAACAUCUUAUGCAGCUAGUGUCAUGGAGAAUGAACAUGAGAAACUUAUCCUGCGAAUUCCCGUCGAAGACAAGGAUGAAAUAAACACACCAAAUUGGAUUUCUAAAUUUGUCAUCACCAAAGGAAAUGAAAAUGGAAAUUUCAGGAUUGAUAGAGACCCUAAAACAAAUGAGGGACUUCUGUAUGUAGUAAAGCCACUGGAUCAUGAGAAGAACCCGAACGUAAAGCUUGAAAUCAUGGCUCGCAAUGAGGCCGACCUAACUGGCACCACAUCCCAGUGGCUGUCGAUCCCUGUGGAUGUUGCCGUCGGUGAUACUGACGAAGGCCCAGAAUUCACUGCUCCUACCAUUCGCUUCACGGUCAAAGAAAACACACCAAACGGCACAUUGAUAGGAAGAUACACAGCUGUGGAUCCGGAAACUAAGAGCAGCGACGGCAUCAAGUAUUACAAAGUCACGGAUCCAGCGUCUUGGAUCAAUGUGGACAAAAACACAGGAGAGCUGAGGGUUGCGAACACAAUCGACAAGGAAUCACAUUUUGUUCAGGAUGGAAUUUACAACAUCACCAUGAGGGCUGUUGAUGCUAGCACUAAGACUGGCACAGGCACCGUCAUCAUUCAGGUGGAGGAUGUCAACGACAAUGUGCCCGAGCUCCCGACCGGUGAAUUGUUGUUAUGUGAGAAAGAAGAAGGGUUCGGGUCUGUGCUGGUCGUGGCUGAAGACAAAGACGAUUCUCCAUUUUCUGCGCCCUUCAGCUUUAGUUUGCCGGAAAAUGAUGGCAAAUGGUCUGUGACAAGAUUUAAUGACACUGCCGCUACAUUGCAGCAGAUGAAAGCGCUUCAUACAGGGCCACAUAAGGUUCAGGUGGAGGUUCGUGAUCUGCAGGGCAAUGGUAAAAUACAGACGGUGGAAGUCAGGAUUUGCCAGUGUAGGAAUGGAGUCUGCCCGGCGAAGCUGAAGUCUGCGUCAUUAGGGCCACUGGGUAUACUGGCGUUGCUGUUGCCUCUGUUCCUCCUCCUACUACUCUUUGCACUACUUGCCCUUUUCUGUGUGACAAAGAGUGAGAAAGUGCACAUGGAUGAUUUCGGGGACAGCGGUGGAAUCCUACUCAAAUCUAACACUGAGGCCCCAGGGGAAGAAGUGGACUCAAGCCUCCUCACGGCUCCCGGUCUCGGGGUGGACCAAGCGGUGAAGGGUUCGGUUAAAGGCUCGAUGGUGAACGCGGGAUGGCUGGGCAACAAGAGCUCCAGCACCAUCGGAGCCCUCGACGGCGGAGCGUUCAAAUCCAAUGUUAUUACAACCGAAUCUCAGUACUAUGACAACCAGUACGGUACACAACGGUAUGAUGAAAGCCUUCUUCUUGGAAACGGUAUGGGCUUUGACAGCAGAUACCUCGUCCAGGAUUCAGCACUUCUACACACCUGGCAAACAAACGGCCGCUAUUUAGACCAGAAGCUUCACUAUCUGGGAACAGAAGGUGACGGACGGUACGCAGACGAUGUCAUCCACACCUAUGGUUUUGAGGGGGUGGGCUCCACAGCUGGCUCUGUGGGAUGCUGCAGCGACUUCGGCGACGAUAACCUUGACUUCCUGAACACGCUCGGACCAAAGUUCAAAACUCUAGCAGAUAUCUGCACAAAGAAAUGAACAAUGAGGCUGAAAUGAAUGGUGUUUACUUUGCAGCGUACAGGCUGUGCUGGACAGUCUGAAUGCUUAGUGUUGCCGUUGAACAUGAAUGAACAGGCAGACAGGGUGUGUGAACACAGCCCUGAGUUUGCUUUUGUUUUUUGUUUGUGUGUGCGUGUGAGUAUAUUUUAGGUUUCUUUGCUUAUUUUUGGUAAAAUAUUUUGCACUGAAAAGUAUGUAGAUGCAGUAAGUUGUAUGAAAGUUGUGUGUUUUUCAUGUAAAACUUAGAACAACCUUGGGUAUGAUGGGUAUUACUAAUGUACAUUCACAAUGGAUAAAAUAAUUUUGCAUUUAUGUGUCUGUUCCCCCAAUCCUGAUUUUAUUUCAUUUUUUAACCUAAUAAUGAUUAGGCUUGUGUUGCUUCCAGUACAGCAGUAUGCAGUAUUUGCCUCCAAACACAUUCCAGCAUAGCUCUCAACUGUGGAUAGGGGCGUAGUCACAGCACUCUGUCACUGUGGGUUAUUGCAACAUUCUGACAGAGAUCCUGUGAAAGUCAGCAUAAGGACGUGAAUGGGAGGAGUGCGGUGUUACUGACAAUGCCUGCAACUGUCAGCUGUAUAAAUACAAAAGUGACCAAAUCCAGCAAAUGCUAAAAGGUUUAGACAAAGGACCGAACCAGAGUAAAUGCUCAUCAAUCAUGUGUUUAUCCCCCGUCUGUAUGUACAGAAUGGCCUACAACUAUGUGUAAAUGUGUGAAUUUGUGCCACUGCAGUAGAUGAAGAUGUAUACAGGUCUAUGCAGUUUUAUUUAAUAGAAAUAUGAUUUUUUUUUGUAAGAUUUAUGACAUGAUUGUAACUGAAGCGGUUGUAAGAAUUUGAACUGUAACUUUAUGCACUAAAGGCUUUGCUUAUAGCUUGGAUUCUGUGUUACAGUGUAUUUUUGUAAACAUUAACUUGUAAAAUUAAAGGUUUUCUUUUGCCCUUUUGACUCUGUACUUUGGUGGAAAGAUAAAACAGAAACACUAGCUUAUUA